AUGUCCUCGAACCCGCUGCUGCACCUCCAGUUCCCCACCCCGGCCUCAAUCGCACACCUGCACGACCACCUCGCCCAAGACACCCUCCGCCACCUCGCAGCUUCGCGGGUCCUCGUCGCUCGCAGCAGCCGCAGCGGCAGCAGAACCAGUCACGAAAGCAGCGCCAACGGUGACAACGCAUCAUCGCCAUCGCCAGACAGCAGCGUCGCCUCGUUUGUGAAAUGGGACCUUGUCGGCGUUCCCACACUCGGUUCGGAGCGCUUAGAUGCGGGCGAGCAGACGCAGCAGCAUGCUACUGCUGCAGAACAGCAAGAAGGAGAGGAAAGCCAUUAUCAACAGCAACACCAAAAAAAGCAUGUGGUGGUGGUCGAGGAUGAACAAGAGGACGUGUGGCCCGUCUCAGCCAACCAAGAAUACCUCACCGCCUACUCUACCGCCGCCUCGUCCGCUCGCGAGCAAGCAAUGGGCACCCGGCCUUUUGUCCGUGAGUGA